AGCCCAGAGCCAUGCAGAGCCUCAGGGCCCUGCUUCUGCUGCUGACCGCCUGCGUGGCAGUGAGUGCCAGCCCAGUAUCAACACCAGAAGAUGACAUGCAAGUGCAGGAGAACUUCGACCUCCCUCGGAUCUACGGGAAAUGGUUCAGCAUAGCCAUUGGCUCCACCUGCCAAUGGCUGAAGAGGUUAAAGACCAGGAUGACCAUGAGCACACUGGUCCUGGGAGAGGGAGCUACAGACACAGAGAUCAGCACAACCAGCACUCGUUGGCGGAAAGGUUUCUGUGAGGAGAUCUCUGGAGUGUAUGAAAAAACAGGCACUGAUGGGAAGUUCCGUUAUCACAAAUCCAAAUGGAAUAUAACCAUGGAGUCCUAUGUGGUCCACACCAACUAUGAUGAGUACGCCAUUUUUCUGACCAAGAAAUUCAGCCGCCAUGGACCCACCAUUACUGCUAAGCUCUAUGGACGGCAGCCGCAGCUGCGGGAGAGCCUCCUGGAGGAGUUUAGGGAGUUUGCCCUGAGCGUGGGCAUCCCCGAGGAUUCCAUCUUCACCAUGGCCGACAAAGGUGAGUGUGUUCCAGGAGAGCAGGAACCAGAACCCACACUAGCCCUGAGAGCCCGGAGGGCUGUGCUACCCAAAGAAGAUGAAGGUUCAGGGGCUGGGCAACAAAUAACUGAUUUCUUCAAGAAAGAAGAUUCCUGCCAGCUGAAGCAUGAUGCAGGUCCCUGCCUGGGGAUGACCAACAGGUAUUUUUAUAACGGCUCAUCCAUGGCCUGUGAGAUCUUCCAAUAUGGUGGCUGCUUGGGCAAUGGCAACAACUUUGUCUCAGAGAAGGAGUGUCUGCAGACCUGCCGAACUGUGGCGGCCUGUAAUCUCCCUAUAGUCCACGGCCCUUGCAAAGGCUUAUUCCAGCUCUGGGCAUUUGAUGCUGCCCAGGGGAAGUGCAUCCUCUUCACCUAUGGGGGCUGCCAGGGCAACGGUAAUAAGUUCUACUCGGAGAAGGAGUGCAAAGAGUACUGUGGUGCUCCUGGAGAAGGUAGGUAUGCAGAGUGCUUGGCUGGGCCAAGGGGCUGUUGGGGUCUGGGUGUGAGAGCCUUGACAGAGAGUAUGGGUGAGGAGAGCCGAGUUCUGGACAGGUAACCAGCCUGGCCACCCUGUGGGCCUCAGGUUCCCAUCUGUGAAGUGGGGCCAACCCUGGGGCCUUCCCACAGGUCCUAGCAGGCACCUGGGCAGAAGGUAUGCAGGGCAGGGUGAGCAGCCAGGCAGAGCAGGGCUUUAAUUCAGGCACUGCCACACCCAAAGUCCAGACACUUCAAAGCUUGGGGAAGCGCCAAUUUGAGCCUAUUUUCUCUUUUGUAAAAUGGGACUGCCUGCCAACCAGGCUGCACAGCACCUGGCAUACAGUUAGCACUCAGCUAAUGGCAGGGGCUAUUAAU